AACUGUUAAAAACAUUUAGACCUUUAAUAUGUAAGUGUAUUAAUAAUUAUUUUAGCUCACUCUUAUUCACUGUUUUAAGGUAUAUAAAAUAAAACAACUUUGAGAUAGGUACUAUCGCCAUUGCAUAGAAAGUGUAAUGUGUCAAAUAUAUUAGAUUUUCUUUUUCUUUUUCCAGUAGAGUUAGUUUUAGCCCAGGCAAAGAAUUUAACUAACAUUCUGGUUAGGAUGCUGAUCUACUUAGUCUAUCUAAAUUUCUUGUUUUUAUACUGUACUGAAAAGUUGAAGAAUGAUGGGAGACCAGUUAGCCCUAGAUUUGUGGGAGUACUGUUUCCUCCAAUAGGCAGGCAGCUAAUGAUUUUUUAACUUAUCUUAAAAAAAAAACAAACAAAAAAAACUUCAUUCUUCAAAAUGCAGAGGACUAAAGAGAGAAAUUCCGUACUAAAACUGAUUCCUUGUAACAGGGAGGGCCUGGUUUCUGGUUUGGAAAUAAAGGGAACCUUGAGAGUAAAUAGAACCAUUCAGUCACUUCUAGAGUGACACAAAGAAAAGGAGAGGCAAUCUAGGCAUGCCCUGACCCCAAUUCUAGAUUCGGGAGAGAGCUGAUUUUUUAGGGUAUAACUAUCCCAUGGAACACAUCUAAAAGGGAAGUAAUACCAGGACUGAUAAGAAGCUUUCAGGAUGCAUAUGAGAGGGGAACUCUGGAAUUGAACAGGUUACUCCAAGACAGAGAGUAAGAAGUAAGUAGUAAGAAGAAGGGAGAAAAAGGAAGUUUGAGAAAGUCAUUGGGGGUUGGAGAUCCUAAUAAACACAAAUAAUAAAUUUGGGAGUGGUAAGGCCUACGGAAUGCUUGAAUGAUAGGAGAUUUGGGCCAACUAGAGCCAUAUCAGACUCUCUGAUCUUGGAAAUUGAAACAGGAUGAACUAGUUAAUCGUGAGAUACAGGGUGUGCCGAUCCUGAGUGUGACUGAUGCUCGGUGGAGGCAGAGAUUGUAUGUUUUACGGAGAUUGAGGAACUGAGAGGUUAGAAGAGGACAGAGGGGCAAGGGUCAAGAAACAAGUGAAACUGUGCCAGGGUAGCUCUUGCCUCAAACCAAAUUUCUCUGCGCCCUUCCUUACCUUUCUGGGGGCCACUGAGGCCUCCAGUCAUUGUGGGGGCCAGGCAGGGAGGUGACUAAUGCAGGGAGUUGUUCAAAUGAGAAGCCAUCUCUAUGCAGUUUGCCUGUGUUCUCUUAGGCAUGCAUUAAGGAUAAUCAGUGAGAGGAUUAUAAGCAAUCCUCCGGAUCGGAUAGGUUUCACGUUUUAAAAAAUUACCAAAUGGUGAAAAUGAGACAAUGAUUCCUGUAUUGACAUCAAAAAAAGCAAGUGAAUUACCAGUCAAUGAAGUUGUAAGCAUUCUUCAAGCAGAUCUUCAGAAUGGUCUGAACAAAUGUGAAGUGUGUCACCGGCGAGCAUUCCAUGGGUGGAAUGAGUUUGAUAUCAGUGAAGAUGAGCCACUGUGGAAAAAGUAUAUUUCUCAGUUUAAAAAUCCCCUAAUAAUGCUGCUCCUGGCAUCUGCAGUCAUCAGCGUGUUAAUGCACCAGUUUGAUGAUGCCGUCAGUAUCACUGUGGCGAUACUUAUUGUUGUUACUGUUGCCUUUGUUCAGGAGUAUCGUUCUGAAAAAUCACUUGAAGAACUGAGUAAACUUGUACCACCAGAAUGUCACUGUGUUCGAGAAGGGAGGUUGGAACAUACACUUGCACGAGACCUGGUUCCAGGGGAUACAGUUUGUUUAUCUGUGGGAGACAGAGUCCCUGCUGACCUUCGCUUGUUUGAGGCUGUGGAUCUUUCAAUUGAUGAAUCCAGUCUGACUGGAGAGACAACCCCUUGUUCUAAAUUGACAACACCCCAGCCUGCGGCUACCAAUGGCGAUCUUACCUCAAGAAGUAAUAUUGCUUUCAUGGGGACGUUGGUCAGGUGUGGCAAGGCAAAGGGGAUUGUCAUCGGAACAGGAGAAAACUCUGAAUUUGGCGAGGUGUUUAAAAUGAUGCAAGCAGAGGAGGCUCCGAAGACACCACUGCAGAAGAGUAUGGAUCUUUUAGGAAAACAACUUUCUUUUUAUUCCUUUGGUAUAAUAGGUAUUAUCAUGCUGGUUGGCUGGUUACAAGGAAAACAUAUCCUGGAUAUGUUUACUAUUGGCGUGAGUCUGGCUGUCGCUGCCAUUCCUGAAGGCCUUCCUAUUGUGGUCACCGUGACUUUGGCUCUUGGGGUGAUGAGGAUGGUGAAGAAGAGGGCUAUUGUCAAAAAACUGCCCAUCGUUGAAACUCUAGGCUGCUGCAACGUGAUUUGUUCGGAUAAAACUGGAACCCUGACCAAGAAUGAAAUGACCGUCACUCACAUCUUUACCUCGGAUGGGCAGCGUGCAGAGGUGACUGGAGUAGGCUAUAAUCAGUUUGGUGAAGUAAUGCUUGAUGGAGACGUUAUUCAUGGAUUCUAUCACCCAUCCAUUAGUAGAAUUGUCGAGGUGGGCUGUGUGUGCAAUGAUGCUGUGAUUAGGAACAACACUUUAAUGGGAAAGCCUACAGAGGGAGCCUUAAUAGCUCUUGCAAUGAAGAUGGGUCUUGAUGGACUUCAGCAGGACUAUAUUAGGAAAACAGAAUAUCCUUUCAGUUCUGAGCAAAAAUGGAUGGCUGUCAAGUGUGUACACAGAACACAACAGGACAACCCAGAAAUUUGUUUUAUGAAAGGUGCUUAUGAACACGUGAUUAGAUACUGCACCACGUACAACAGCAAAGGACAGACCUUGGCCCUGACUCAGCAGCAGAAAGAUGUGUAUCAGCAGGAGAAGUCCAGCAUGGGCUCUGCAGGACUGAGAGUUCUGGCCUUGGCUUCUGGCCCUGACUUGGGACAACUGACAUUUCUGGGCCUGGUGGGAAUUAUCGAUCCUCCCAGAACUGGUGUGAAAGAAGCCGUUACCACGCUCAUUGCCUCCGGAGUGUCCAUAAAGAUGGUGACCGGAGAUUCCCAGGAGACUGCGAUCGCCAUUGCCAGUCGCUUGGGGUUAUACUCCAAAAAUUCCCAGUCAGUUUCAGGAGAAGAAAUCGAUACAAUGGAUGUACAGCAGCUUUCACAAAUAGCACCAAAGGUUGCCGUUUUUUAUAGAGCCAGCCCGAGGCAUAAGUUGAAAAUUAUCAAGUCCCUCCAGAAUAAUGGCUCAGUUGUAGCUAUGACUGGAGAUGGAGUGAAUGAUGCUGUUGCCUUGAAAGCUGCAGAUAUUGGGGUAGCAAUGGGACAAACUGGAACGGAUGUUUGUAAAGAAGCAGCCGAUAUGAUCCUAGUGGAUGAUGAUUUUCAAACAAUAAUGUCUGCAAUUGAAGAAGGUAAAGGGAUUUACAAUAACAUUAAAAAUUUCGUUAGAUUCCAGUUGAGCACGAGCAUUGCUGCAUUAACUUUAAUCUCAUUGGCUACAUUAAUGAACUUUCCCAAUCCUCUCAAUGCCAUGCAGAUUUUGUGGAUCAAUAUUAUUAUGGAUGGACCUCCAGCUCAGAGCCUCGGAGUAGAGCCUGUGGAUAAAGAUGUGAUUCGUCAACCUCCGAGAAACUGGAAAGACAGCAUUUUGACCAAAAAUUUGAUUGUUAAAAUACUAGUUUCCUCUAUAAUCAUUGUGUGUGGAACUUUAUUUGUCUUCUGGAGAGAGCUACGGGACAAUGUGAUAACACCUCGAGACACAACGAUGACUUUUACUUGCUUUGUAUUUUUUGACAUGUUCAAUGCUCUCAGUUCCAGAUCACAGACCAAGUCUGUGUUCGAAACCGGCCUCUGCAGUAAUAAAAUGUUUUGUUACGCAGUCCUCGGGUCCAUCAUGGGGCAGCUCCUCGUUAUUUAUUUCCCCCCACUUCAGAAAGUCUUUCAGACGGAGAGCCUGAGUGUACUAGACUUGCUCUUCCUGCUGGGCCUCACGUCCUCUGUGUGUGUCGUGUCUGAAGUCAUCAAGAAGGUGGAGAGGAGGAGGGAGAGGGGCCAAAAGCACGGCCCGGCGUCCUCGUCCUCAUCCUCGGCCUCCUCGUUUCUGGACGUGUGAUGCAGCCUGCAUUCUCUACUGGCCAGCGCCGAGCGACGGGCAGCAGCGGGUCGAGGACUCGCCGGGGCUCAUCAGUGACCGGAAGGGCGCUCGACGCUCAGAGGGCGGCAGAGGCGGGAUGUCCCCCUGCUGGGAGUCACCUAUGAAUUAUGCAACUUGGAUAGAAUCGUCCUUGAUUAAAUUGGCUUUUGAGAGGGAACGCUAUGAAGUAUGGGGGAGGUUCAUUGAGAGGAGGAGGAGGAGGACAGCGGCGAAGCCUGAACCACCUUCUGCACUGACGAGGUCUGACUGUAUACAUAAACUGUCCGUCUUAGAUAUAAAUAUUUUAGUUCUUUUUUAUUUUUAAAUAUUGUAUUACUUCAUGGUGGUGGGGCUUUGUUACUAAUACACGAAUAAACUUCACCGUUGAAAAGGCGUUCUCUUUGGUUUAGACUCAACGCAGAGGCCCGGCGUGGGGGCCGCCCGCUGUCGGCCGCUGCAUUUCUUCCUUCUUUAGCCGUGUCCACAGGGCCCUCGGGGUCAGGGGUUGCACCGGACGUGACUGCCGUCAGACCGCUGUUCUCUUUUCUUUCUUUUUGUGAUGGAAAUGCCUAUACUGCGAUCGGAAGUCCAUGUUUGCUUUUGGUACUGUGUCGAUGCUCGUAUUUUCUUUGGACAUGUGAAUUCGGCAGAAUGUGGAUCAUGAAGCGGCCGCCAUGAGGACAAUCCAGUGGCUUCUCUCGCCUUUCUGUAGCUGCACCACAUGUUCCGCUGAGCAGUGGCUGAAGAUGUGUACGCCGGUGGGGGCUCAAGUCUGUAACGGAUUGUAUUCAUGUGCUCCAGACGGCCUCCUCUCUUCGGAUCAGGAUAUCCUUCAUCACACAGGCUCGUCGUGUCUUCAAGUCUGAGACUUGCCGCAAGAUUUUCAGCCUGGAUAAUUUUUUACUUGUAUUUAAUUGUGAACUUUAAUGAUCCUCCUGUAACUUUUCAUGUGGCCUUUCUUUAAAUAGUACGUUCUGUUUUUCAAAGCUAAAAGAAGAGUCAUUAAUUUAGAUAUAAAUAAAGGAUUCCUUUUUGCCCAGGA